UGUGUGUCCAUCAGUUGAUCAUGCAGAUCAACUGAUGGACACACAGAGGCUCACUUGCUUUCUCUUUCAUUGAUCUAUAUUGUGUCUUUUACGGACAGGACAUCGGUUGUUUUGUGGACUUUCUUUGCGUUUUCUUCUUUGACUUAUCUGCAAGGUUAACUUGAGUCUUAACCUUCUUUCCCCUCACCCUCUUGGAUCUUCUGUUUUCUCCUGUUGGGAUUUUUUCCCCCAGCCUAAUUGCCUGCUCUUCUGUGUGCAUAUCAACCCUUCCUUUUCCCCGGCUCUCUUUCUCCUUGUCCUCCCAUCUUCCACCGUUCCCUGUCUCCUUGUGCGUGGUGUUUGGGCCAUGCUCUCCUCACCCACUGUGAUUCUCCAGCCUUAUGGACUCCCUGUCUACCCACAGACAACUACAUGCUACCCCAGCAUAGUUCAGGGAGGCGCCUCUCAGGAGGCCGGCCCCGGCAGCAGCGACCCCACCCUGCCUCAGGUCUACGCCCCUCCUCCCUCCUAUCCCCCGCCUGGUCAAGGUCCGCCAACAUCUGUAGGCAGACUGCCACCUCUUGAUUUUACCAGUGCACACCCCAGCUCAGAGUACCCCGAACAUCCCCAACUCAGAGUCUAUCAGGGUCCUCAGCUCGACGGGGCAGAGGCUCUGACAUCCAGUAACACGGAGGAUGGCUUGGCCCCUGUGACCUCUGACCCCCAGUCUCUGAGCAUGUCCGUGUCAUCAGCGGGCGGAGCAGGAAGUGGAAGUGAUGAGGAGGGGUCAGGUAAGGCCCAACCGAAACGCCUUCACGUCUCCAACAUCCCUUUCCGCUUCAGAGACCCGGACCUUCGCCAGAUGUUUGGGCAAUUUGGGAAGAUCCUUGAUGUAGAAAUUAUCUUCAAUGAGAGGGGGUCCAAGGGCUUUGGGUUCGUCACCUUCGAGAGUGCGGGUGAGGCUGACCGAGCAAGAGAAAAGCUGAAUGGGACAAUUGUGGAGGGGAGAAAGAUUGAGGUUAAUAACGCCACUGCAAGAGUAGUUACCAAGAAGCCACAGACGCCUCUUGUGAAUAGUGAAAUCUCAACUUCUGGAUGGAAGAUCAACCCCGUCAUGGGGGCAAUGUACGCACCUGAACUAUAUACAGUUGCCAGUUUCCCGUAUCCCGUAGCAACUCCCACAUUGGCCUACCGGGGCUCAGCGCUGCGAGGUCGAGGCCGAGCCGUCUACAACACAAUUCGCUCUGCUGCAGCCACGCCUACUGCUGUACCCACCUACCCUGGGGUGGUAUAUCAGGAUGGACUGUAUGGAGCAGAAGUCUAUGGUGGCUAUCCUGCAGCUUAUAGAGUGGCUCAAUCAGUAUCUGCUGCCACAGCAACCUACAGUGAUGGAUACGGACGCAUUUACACCACAGCUGCUGAUCCCUAUCACCACUCAGUUGGACCAACAGCGACAUAUGGAGUUGGUACAAUGGCCAGUUUGUACAGAGGAGGAUAUAACCGCUUCACCCCGUACUGAGCCACCCACUAGUGGGAAGACGUCUCUUUUGAACUCUGGGAUUGGCUGAUCCACGGACACUGCACGAUAGAUUGUGAGAUCCUUGGAAAUGUGGAAAUGGUUUUACUUCCUGCCUCCAUCACAACCUCUCCUCGAGAGACUAAACAGACUGAAGUUGUAAAUAGUGUAGGACCCAUUUACUGUCCAUUCUACUGACGAAUAGCACCUGGAAGAGGAUGUUAUGUAAUAUAUAGACUUAAAACCUUUAAAAGAUUAUUGCUUUCUGAAUUUAAAGAGUAGUGAUCUUGGCUAACACUACAGAAGUGGGUGAAAAAUACUGUGAGAAUGAAUUUUGUGAAUAAUAUCUGCAAGAUUCACGGGUCAAACUGUACAAAACAAAGUUUGUUUAAUGACUUAUUUUUAAUGACUAAUUAUUUACUAAAUCUGUGUGUGUGUGUGUGUGUGUGUGUGUGUGUGUGUGUGUGUGUGUGUGUGUGAGUAUAUGAGUGAGGUUAUGCAUCAUCACUGUUUAGUUAUCCAGUCAACCGAGACAGCUGUGACACUGGUAUCAUUAUUACGAACAACGGAAUUAAUGUUGGUCUGGAUGUAGUUGGAAUUUUAUUUGUUUUUGUGCCUUUCUAACAAUCUACCUCUCAUACAUUUUUAGCUUUUAAUACAGCUGUCAUAAUUAAUCCUGUAUCAUUUUCUUUGUGAUCUUUGAUUCUGCAGAGCUUUUUUUUUUUUUUUUUCUUUUCACUUUUCUGUCCAUAAAUGCUCAUUUAACAUAUUUUCUGUUUCUGGGGCUCUGUACCUCACUUUUCUGAGAUGCUUUAAACCCUGUUUUACGUUCACACAGUUAUACACAUGCACAACUAGGAAUUGCAGUAAGAAGCAGUCUUUUGCUGUUGGCUUUGCUGCACAACCUGAGGUUGAAAGGCAGUAGAAUAUAAAUGUUUCAGGCUGCAUCUCUCAUCUUUAUGCUGCAGAUAUAACUGCUCACUGUGUAAGAGUUCACAUAUCCUAUUCUGUUCUAUUCAAACUUGUCUAAUGUUGCCUUAUUCCACUCUUUACUGUCAUCCUUUCCUGUCUUUUCUCUCCUUCCUCACUGUUGAAUGACUUCUCGACUUGUAUUGAUCAUUUCUUCUCAGCCUACUCUUUGUUUCUGUUGCACUCUUUCCUGCUGUGUUUGAUGUUUACCUCUAAAUAAAACUGGUUUCUCUCUUUUC